UACGAGGCGGAAGGCUGACGACUUGAGCCUCUGCGGGCUUGGAACUCUACUUUAUUGCAUCAAGACCUAGUGGGAGUAGGUUGCAGUCUUCAGAGAUCAGUCGCAGAUAAUGGCUUCCUUGCAAGGAAAAGUAAUCGCUGUCACCGGCGCGGCCAGUGGGAUUGGUCUUGCCACAGCACAAGUCCUGGCCACACGAGGUGCGAUUGUGGCCUUGGGAGAUAUCAACAAAGAUGCGGUGGAAUCUGCUGCGGCGUCCCUCCCCGGUGACAAGCAUAUCGCUUCCAAGGUGGAUGUGACUUCAAAUGAACAGGUCGAGGGGUGGAUCAAGGACAUUGUACAGCGGUUUGGAAAGCUCGAUGGCGCCGCCAAUGUUGCAGGCCUGGCGUUGAAGUCCGCUCCGUUCAUCGAGACGACUGAGGACCACUGGGAUUUGAUCAUGAACAUCAACGCAAAAGGCGUCUUCCUGUGCAUGCGAGCACAACUGAAAAACAUGACGGAAGGAGCAUCAAUUGUCAAUGUUGCCAGUGUUGGUGGUUUGAGCGGAGGCAGUGGAGCUUGCGCCUAUGUGGCUUCAAAGCAUGCGGUCGUUGGCUUGACGAAAACUGCCGCUCGAGAGGUGGGCCCUAAGAACAUCAGAGUCAAUGCCAUUGCCCCAGGAAUUAUCCAAACACCGUUGGUGGAAGGCCUCCAAAAAGCCUCAGGCCAAAGACUAGGGACAAACCAGCAAGCUUUGGACAGGCAAGCAGAUCCACAUGAGCCUGCUAACAUCAUUGCCUUCCUCCUGAGCGAUGAUGCAUCGUUUGUGACCGGAUCAGUCUACAGAGUUGAUGGAGGUUGGCUUUCUUGAAGUCAAGAGGGACUGAAUAUGCGAGAACUUCUGGCACAAACAAAUCAAACUCGCUGAACUUGACCGCUGAGGUGAGUUUGAAUAAAUAGGAGUGGUGCAACAGGUACAGAUAGAAGGAAUAGACGCG